AGGGCAAAGAUUCACGACCCAACGACAAGUAACACGCGAAUACUCCCUUAAUCCCAAACGCUACACUACGACGACCAUGGUAUCGAUCGCAUUGACGCUGGUGGGGCUGCUGUUGUCCACCAAUUUGGAGAGUGUGAGAGCCGGCCCGUCGCAGUCGAGUCGCCGUGUUGCUCGUCAUCGUCAGCAGACGACUGAGCCAGCCACCGCAUGGGUGUCAUUGCCAUCUGUAUUUGGAAGCGUGCAAGGGAGCUCAAAGCGAGCAACGGCAAAGCAAGAGCUUUUAGACGCCAUCGUACCGCUGAAACGCGGGCUGACGGCGAGCGACGAAGACAAGGCGGUUGUGGAGAAGCUGGCACAAAAAGUGGAGAAACUCAACCCAAACCCCAAAUCUCUAUCGUCUCCAUUGGUUAACGGGCGGUGGGAGCUGGUGUACACCACGUCGAUGAGCAUUCUCUCGAAAAAGAACCCGGUCAUGCGGCCCAGCGGCCCAAUUUAUCAGGAUAUCGACGCGCCGGGGCUCCGAGCGCUUAACGCGCAGUACAUCCAGCCUAUCCCCUUCUUGAAGAUGCCCUACCAGGUGAGUGCGGAGCUCACACCGACGACCUCGAGCGCGACAGACGUCCAGUUCAAGGAGUUUACCGUUGGCCCCCUCAAGAUCAAGGCCCCUGAGAGGGCUCAGAGCGCAAUCGACAUCACCUACGUAGACGACGAAGUAAGGGUCACCAGAGGCAGUAAGGGUAACCUUUUCGUGUUGGUCAGGGCUGCUGGGAUGGAAACGGGAUUCCGUUAA